GUCCGCUUCAAACCCAUAUUCCACUGGGAAAGAGAGAAAGGGGGAGAGAGAGGGAGUGAGAGAGAGCAGGACCUGGGAGAAGAGCAACGAAAGAAAAAGAGGAGAGAGAAACGGAACAACGACACAAAUGGCACUCAUGGCAGGGAUUUUGUUCACGGCCACCUUUCUUGUUUUUGGGAUUUCUACAUUUGUUUCGCCGGCACGGAUAUACCCCCCAAAUGAAGUCACGUUAUUGGACUCCAGAUCUGUACAGGGGGAGCUGGGAUGGGUCGCCAACCCGACAGAAGGAGGGUGGGAGGAAGUGAGUAUUAUGGAUGAAAAGAACAUUCCCAUCCGGACGUACCAGGUGUGUAACGUCAUGGAGCCAAACCAGAACAACUGGCUCCGCACUGACUGGAUCCCCCGAGGCGGUGCCCAGCGUGUCUACAUUGAGAUCAAGUUCACCCUGCGGGACUGCAACAGCCUCCCGGGGGUAAUGGGAACCUGCAAGGAAACCUUCAAUCUUUACUACUACGAGUCCAACAACGACAAGGAGCGCUACAUCCGCGAGAACCAGUUUGGCAAGAUCGACACCAUCGCUGCAGACGAGAGCUUCACUCAGGUGGACAUCGGCGAUCGCAUCAUGAAGCUGAACACAGAGGUCCGGGACGUGGGUGCCUUGACCCGCAAGGGCUUCUAUUUGGCCUUCCAGGAUGUUGGAGCGUGCAUUGCGCUUGUGUCCGUCAGGGUCUUCUACAAGAAAUGUCCUCUAGCGGUGCGUAACUUGGCCCAGUUUCCUGAUACCAUCACUGGAGCGGAUACGUCCUCACUUGUGGAAGUUCGUGGCUCAUGCGUGGAUAAUUCGGAGGAGAAGGAGGUUCCAAAGAUGUACUGCGGGGCUGAUGGAGAGUGGCUGGUGCCCAUUGGGAAUUGCCUGUGUAACCCCGGAUACGAGGAGCGCAAUGCAGAAUGCCAAGCCUGCAAGAUUGGAUACUACCGCGCUCUGGCCACUGAUGGCUCCUGUUCCAAGUGUCCGCUCCACAGCUACUCCGUCAGGGAGGGAUCCACCUCCUGCGCCUGCGACAAGGGAUACUUCCGCUCUGAAACAGACCCAGCGUCCAUGCCUUGCACCCGCCCUCCGUCGGCACCCGCCAACCUCAUCUCAAAAGUGAACGAGACCUCGGUAAACCUGGAGUGGAGCGCGCCGCGGAGCUCAGGAGGACGCCAGGACUUGACGUACAACGUGGUGUGUAAGCGCUGCGGGCCCGACGGCCGGCGCUGUCAGCCCUGCGGUAACGGCAUCCAUUUCAGCCCCCAGCAGCUGAGCCUGAAGGGAACCAGGGUGUCCAUUAACGAGCUGCAGGCCCACACCAACUACACCUUCGAGGUGUGGGCGGUGAAUGGAGUCUCGCCUCAGAGCCCCGGGCCGGAACAGGCCGUGUCCGUGACCGUCACCACCAACCAGGCCGCUCCCUCUCCAGUGACUUCCAUCCAGGCGAAGGAUAUCACGAGACACACCAUCUCGCUGGCCUGGCAGCCACCGGAUAGGGCCAACGGGGUCAUCCUGGAGUAUGAGGUCAAGUACUAUGAGAAGGACCAAAAUGAAAGAAGCUACAGAAUCAUAAAAACCUCAUCGAGGAACACUGACAUCAAGGGUCUCACCCCCCUCACCUCCUACGUCUUCCACGUGCGUGCUCGCACGGCAGCCGGCUACGGAGAAUUCAGCGGCCCGUUUGAGUUCAUGACUAACUCCGUUCCAGCUCCCAUCAUUGGCGAUGGGGCCAAUUCCACAGUGUUGCUGGUGUCAGUGGUGGGCAGCGUGGUCCUCCUCAUCAUCCUCAUCAGCGCUUUCGUCAUCAGCCGAAGAAGGAGUAAAUACAGCAAGGCCAAGCAGGACUCUGAUGAAGAGAAGCACUUACAUCAAGGAGUAAGGAUAUACGUUGACCCCUUUACCUAUGAGGACCCAAACCAAGCUGUCCGUGAGUUCGCCAAAGAGAUCGACGCCUCCUGUAUCAAGAUCGAGAAAGUUAUUGGCAUCGGGGAGUUCGGCGAGGUCUGCAGCGGCCGCCUGAAGAUGCCGGGCAAGAGGGAGAUCUGCGUGGCCAUCAAGACGCUGAAGGCCGGCUACACCGACAAGCAGAGGAGGGACUUCCUGUCCGAGGCCAGCAUCAUGGGCCAGUUCGACCACCCGAACAUCAUCCACCUGGAGGGCGUGGUCACCAAAUGUAAGCCAGUGAUGAUUAUCACGGAGUACAUGGAGAACGGAUCGCUGGAUGCAUUCCUGAGGAAGAAUGACGGUCGCUUCACUGUGAUCCAGCUGGUCGGCAUCUUGCGCGGCAUCGCAUCAGGCAUGAAGUACCUGUCAGACAUGAGCUACGUCCACCGCGACCUGGCGGCUCGCAACAUCCUGGUCAACAGCAACCUGGUGUGCAAGGUGUCCGACUUCGGCAUGUCCCGAGUGCUGGAGGACGACCCCGAGGCUGCGUACACCACCAGGGGAGGGAAGAUCCCCAUCCGCUGGACGGCCCCCGAGGCCAUCGCUUACAGGAAGUUCACCUCGGCCAGCGACGUGUGGAGCUAUGGCAUCGUCAUGUGGGAGGUGAUGUCAUACGGCGAGCGACCAUACUGGGACAUGAGCAACCAAGAUGUGAUCAAGGCUAUCGACGAGGGCUAUCGGCUGCCCCCGCCCAUGGACUGCCCUGUGGCGCUCCACCAGCUCAUGCUGGACUGCUGGCAGCGAGAGAGGGCCGACCGGCCAAAGUUUGGACAGAUCGUCAACAUGCUGGAUAAGCUGAUUCGCAACCCAAACACUCUGAAGAGGACUGGGGGAGAGACCGCUGUCAGGCCUAACACCACCCUGCUGGAGCCAGGGAGCCCCGAGGCGUCUUCGGCCAUGGGCACAGUGGAGGAUUGGCUGCAGGCCAUUGGCAUGGAGAGAUACAGCGACAACUUCACCGCCGCUGGCUACACCACUCCAGAGGCCGUGGUCCACAUGACACAAGAGGACAUGGCUCGCAUAGGCAUCUCCUCGGCAGCGCACCAGAACAAGAUCCUGACCAGCGUCCAGGGAAUGCUGUCCCAAAUGCAACAGAUGCAAGGCAGAAUGGUUCCCGUCUGAGAGAGAUUGAGACAAAGAAUAUGGAAAAAGGAGGCAAAGCGACUUCGUUUCUUAUGAAAAAAAUAAAUAAAUAACAAAAAAGAUUAAAUAUAAAAAAAAAAGACAAAUAAACUAU